CGCCGCCCGCCGCCCGGUCAGGUGGCCCCGAGGUGGCCGGCGCAGGGCAGUCGGGGCGGCGCGGCGUGCUCGGACGGACCGUAGGUGACCGACAGUCGACAUCGGCCGCGCAGUGGGGAGACAUGUGGUGCGCUGCUGCUGCUCUGCUGACUCUGCUGGUCGUCUCCGUAGGAGGCGCGCCACAGCUGCAGGACGAUGAACCGUACCCUGAGGAACUGGCCAUCUAUGACGCCCAGAUGGUCUCUGAGCCCGAGUCGCUCGUCGUACGAGAGGGAGCCAACAUCAGCCUGCCCUGCCAAUGGGAGAGCGAGCGAGCCGGCGACAUCAUCGUACUGUGGAAGAAGAGGCCCAACAUCAUCCUGUUCACGGGCUCGAUGAAGAUCAGUGAGGACGAGCGCGUCCACCUGGGGCCCAAUAACGAGCUGCGCGUGACGGACGUGACGGCCGGUGACGGCGGCACCUACGUCUGUAUCGUGGCCGUCACACCGGACCCCAUCGAGCUCGAGCACACUGUCUCAGUAAAGUGGCCUGCCAAGCUGCACCCCCUGGACACGGACCAUUUCCAGGUGCGCGAGGGAGAGUCCUUCGAGCUGAUCUGCGGAGCGGACGGCAACCCGGAGCCCACCAUCACCUGGUCCAGACUGCCCACUCCUGACGCCGAGGGACCGUAUGUUCAGAACGGAGACCCAGUAGCGCCAACGAGUACGCCCGAGGGUGACGACAUGGCCUUCCUGCCGGAGAACCCAUCCAAGAGCGUGGCGCUCUCCCUGGACCCGGUGCAGCCGCGGCACACGGGAACCUACACCUGCACGGCGCAGAACGGCGUCGGCAAGCCAGACGUGCUCACUGCUAAACUGGAGGUCACACACGCGCCAUACAUCGCCCAGGACUCGGGAGUGGUCCGGACCGCUCACGGUAUGACUGCGGAGGUCGGCUGCAAGGUGUUCGCCAACCCCCGAGCCGAGGUGAUCUGGCAGCGGAACGGUCACGAUCUGCCCAUUAGCUCCCGGUACGAAACUGCCGUGUCCAGCCGCUAUUUCUCGCUGAGGAUCCGUGACGUGAAGGAUGAGGACUUUGGCAACUACACGUGCCGGGCCAAGAACCAGCUGGGACAGAACGAGAACCAUAUCACGCUGACAGGUCUGCCGGGCCCGGUGGAGCUGCACCUGGGGAAGCCAAGCGAGGCAGAGAGUGGACGAGGUCAGAGCAGCACCACCGUCACCUGGGAGUUCAUCAGCUACUCGACGGUGGAGGAGACGUCCGUCACGCUGCAGCCGCUGCUGCCGGCCGGCUUCCCCGAGAUCCGGCGAGUACCCACCGUCACAUCCCGCUCCGUCUCCAAAAAGGGCCAGCAGCAGCUGUCGCCACUGAACGAGAACACCACCUACCUGGUGCGGGUGGCCGCGCGCAACCAGUACGGCUGGACACCGCCGGCCGAUGUCUACUUCAGCAUCACGGACGGAGAGCUGAAAAUCACUCAGGCGCCACCGAAGCUGGCCGAGUCGAAGACUGCCAGCGACGCGGCGGCGCGGCUAAAGCUCACGCCGAUCCUUCUCAUCGCCAUCCUGUCGAGUUUUUUCUAGUGAUCACCUAUGAGACUGCCAACACCCUGCUUUGAAUAGGUCGGAAAGAGAAUCCUGUGCCACGUCAGCGCGCACGUCCUCUUCAGCGAGGAGAUGGGAGGACGUGACGUGCCCUUCUGAGCACGGCCUGCCGCGUGACGUCUCUGAGACGUGACGUGACGUAGGCCGUCUCUGCAGAGGGCGGCGCUGGCGGGGCGCGGAGCCGCGGCGGAGCGGCCAGUGGAGCCGCUCCUCGGAGACCAGCCGUUCAGCCCGGCCCUCAGCUGGCACCGGCACAGAGUCACCGGCACAGCGGCUACUGACAGACAGACAGCUGCUGCCCAGCUGCCAGACAACCAGCUGCUCAGCUGCCAAACAACUGUUCAGCUGUCAGACAACUAGCAGCCGCCGCCAGCGGCAACUGUAGCUUCCAAACAACCUGCUGUCACUACUGUUGCCAGGCAACCAGCCAUUACAUCAAGCAGCUGUGUUACCCAGUGUCUGACGACGAACUGCAGUUGCUUUUCGUAGCCGGGUAGUGUUAUUUCGUUGCUAAGCAACCAGAACCGCUGUCGGACCGCCGGCUGAGGAGCCACCUGUUGCCGCGACGGUUCUCUUGCGACCACAUAGGUGACAGAGACAAUGUGAACUGGGACAGAGACGAUGUGAACUGAACGCGCGCGCGCGCACGAUACCGGUGCAACUGUGAUGGUUUCUAUAUUGUUGGAACGUGUGCCAAGGAUGAGUGCGGAUGUAAGUGUAUGUGAGUGCGGCAGUAGUGAGGGUGAGGAGAAAAGAUUGAGUUGAGUUUUCGGUGUUUGAAGGCACUCUGCGGGUUGAAGAAAUAACGAGGGCUAGGGGUGUGAACUUUUAUCUGCCCGUGCCCCCGUCAUGUUCUGUAUGGAUCGUUCGAUUCAUUGAUUUGAACUGGUCGAAACUGCCAUCGACGAGUGAGAGAUACUAAAUGCUAUUGUGAAUGUCAUCGCUUUACACUGUAGGCUGGGUGAAUCGGUGAGCACAUGGAAUGUCGUACAACGAAAGCUACCUACGCUUCACAACCGAAGCGUGCUUGUGUGUCCUUGGCAUGCAUUUAUAUCGGUGCGUUUGUAUUAUAUCUUUGUCGGAGUGAAUGCACGCAUUGACGUAUCGAAUUCGUAUCAUCGAUAAAAAAUACAUUUCGUCCAUCGAUGUUUCGAA